UCAGAAUUUAUAAAUAAGGAUCAGUCGACUGCAGUUUUAAACUUCUGUGUGGUUUGAAAUAAAACAAAACUAACCAUGAUACCGACACUUCCCCUCCUCAGAGUUUUGCGGCGGCCCUGAUGGAGAUGUCCGGCCCCUACAACAGUUCCCCUCGGCCAGAACAGCACAAGAGUUACAAAAUCCGCUUCAACAGUGUCUCCUGCUCAGACCCGCUGGUGUCCUCCUGGAGACGGAAGAGAAAGGAGUCCAGUAAUACAGACAGCGCAGGGGCCCUGGGUACCCUCAGGUUCUGUGUGUUCGGCCUGGGCUCCCGGGCAUACCCCCACUUCUGCGCCUUCGCUCGUGCGGUGGACACACGGCUAGAAGAGCUGGGCGGGGAGCGGCUACUGCAGCUGGGCCAGGGAGAUGAGUUGUGUGGCCAGGAGGAGGCCUUCCGUGGCUGGGCCCAGGCCGCCUUCCAGGCCUCCUGUGAGACUUUCUGUGUGGGACAGGACGCCAAGGCCGCCGCCCGGGACAUAUUCAGCCCCAAACGGAGCUGGAAGCGCCAGAGGUACCGGCUGAGUGCCCAGGCCGAGGGCCUCCAGCUACUGCCAGGCCUGAUCCACGUGCACAGGAGGAAGAUGUUCCAGGCUACGGUCCUUUCAGUGGAAAACCUGCAAAGCAGCAAGUCCACCCGGGCCACGAUCCUGGUGCGUCUGGACACUGGAGGCCAGGAGGCGCUGCAGUACCAGCCAGGGGACCACAUAGGCAUCUGCCCGCCCAACCGGCCCGGCCUCGUGGAGGCGCUGCUGAGCCGCGUGGAGGACCCGCCUCCACCAGGAGAGCCGGUGGCCGUGGAGCAGCUGGAGAAGGGCAGCCCUGGUGGACCACCCCCCAGCUGGGUUCGGGACCCCCGGCUGCCCCCAUGCACGCUGCGCCAGGCUCUCACCUUCUUCCUGGACAUCACUUCCCCGCCCAGCCCUCAACUCCUUCGACUGCUCAGCACCCUGGCCGAAGAGUCCAGCGAACAGCAGGAGCUUGAGAGCCUCAGCCAGGACCCGCGGCGCUACGAGGAGUGGAAGUGGUUCCGCUGCCCCACGCUGCUGGAGGUGCUGGAGCAGUUCCCAUCGGUGGCACUGCCCGCCCCCCUGCUCCUCACCCAGCUGCCCCUGCUCCAGCCCCGGUACUACUCGGUCAGCUCAGCACCCAGCGCCCACCCAGGAGAGAUCCACCUCACAGUAGCCGUGCUGGCAUACAGGACACAGGAUGGACUGGGCCCCCUUCAUUAUGGAGUCUGCUCCACAUGGCUGAGCCAACUGAAGGCCGGAGAUCCCGUACCCUGCUUCAUCAGGGGGGCUCCCUCCUUCCGACUACCGCCUGAUCCCAGCUUGCCCUGCAUCCUAGUGGGCCCUGGCACAGGUAUUGCCCCCUUCCGGGGAUUUUGGCAGGAGCGGCUGCACGACAUUGACAGCAAAGGGCUGCAGCCCGCCCCCAUGACUUUGGUGUUCGGCUGCCGAUGCUCCCAGCUCGACCACCUUUACCGCGACGAGGUGCGGGAUGCCCAGCAGCGCGGAGUUUUUGGGCGCGUCCUCACCGCCUUCUCCCGGGAGCCCGACAGCCCUAAGACCUACGUGCAGGACAUCCUGCGGACCGAGCUGGCUGCUGAGGUGCACCGCGUGCUGUGCCUCGAGCGGGGCCACAUGUUUGUGUGCGGCGACGUCACCAUGGCAACCAGCGUCCUGCAGACGGUGCAGCGAAUCCUAGCGACGGAGGGCGACAUGGAGCUGGACGAGGCCGGCGACGUCAUCGGCGUGCUGCGGGAUCAGCAACGCUAUCACGAGGACAUUUUCGGGCUCACACUGCGCACUCAGGAGGUGACAAGCCGCAUACGCACCCAGAGCUUUUCCUUGCAGGAGCGACAUCUGCGGGGUGCAGUGCCCUGGGCGUUCGACCCGCCUGGCCCAGACACCCCCAGCCCCUGAGAGUCCUCUUGUUUUCCAUCCCAGUUCCAGGAGAGGGGCCGUCAGUCCACCAGACCAGCCACCUCUCCCCUCCCGAGGUGCUUCCCAUCUUUGUCCAGAGUCUGCCCUAAAUCGCCUUAUUCCGGGGAAUGAGCGAAAUGUCCCUCUCUAGGUCUGUUUACUUGCCCCAGGUCUGGAGGCCCCCUCCCAGGGCCUACUGUCACCCCUUUUGUGUUCCUUAGGUGAAUUUUAGAUUCCCUUUACCUCCCCCAGGAGUAUCUUAUCUUGAAACCUAAUCUCUAAAUCAAAUAUUUAUUAUUGAAGAUUCACCAUAAGAGACUGGACCAGGUGUUAUAUGACAGCUACUAAGAUGCCUAACCCAGCCCCAUCGAUUAAAAUUACAGAAUGACAA